AGCAAAAAUAGUUAGCUAAAACUAUUGAAUACAUGUUUGAAAUAGUUAGCUAAAGUAAUAAAUAGUGAAACACUGACUAGAGACAAACUGAGGUGCACAAAAAAAAUACAUGAGCUAUAAAGGCAAACAUGCAAUAGUCUUAUUGUUUGGAGGAAGUCCUAAACCUUUUUUUAUUGUUUUAUUCUAACACAUGCAAUCUGAAUUUCUCUCCUUUAUUUUAAAGGCCAACUUUCCGUUUUUGUUCUGCUUCCCUGUGGUGAGCUUGACGCUGUUGGCUGCUGCUACCUGCUGCGUUAUCAGACAGACUGCCAGCGGAUGCAGGAACUAGGAUGGAGCCAUACUGGAAAGAUUUCUGACAACCAGCGAGUGGAUCCACUAGGAUCAUGGAUGGACUUUGUCAAAAGACCGGUUGGCAACUUCCCUGGAAAGUGUCGCAAACGCAAACGACCCCUGCCGGGCCCACCCGGUCCUCCUGGCCCUCCUGGCCCACAGGGACCUCCUGGCUCUCCUGGAGCCGAAGUGACCCAGGAAGUUCUUCUCCAGGAGUUCAAAGACAUGAUUAAAGAGGCUACAGAGAGGAGAGCAGCAGCGUUGGACAGACAAACCAGCCCCAGCCAGCUCCCUACGGCUCUCCUCACCCUGGAGGGGAUGACCUCUUACCGGCGGAUAGAAGAGGCUUUCCACUGCAAGCUCAAGGGCCCUGUGGUGGUCGACAAGAAGACUCUGGUGGAGCUCCAGAACUUUCAGACACCACCAGCUAAAGGAGCCUUCCUCAGAGGGUCAGGAAUGGACCAGUCCACCGGAAGAUUCACAGCUCCCAUCACUGGGAUCUACCAGUUCUCUGCUAAUGUCCACAUUGACCACAAUGAGGUGAAGAGGAGCAAGAGUCAGCUAAAGGCCAGGGAUAAUGUCCGGGUACUGAUCUGCAUUGAAUCACUCUGCCACAGAUACACCUCACUGGAGAUGAUUGUUGGAUUAGAAAGUAACAGCAAGAUAUUCACUGUCAGCGUGCAGGGGCUGCUGGAGCUGCAGGCCGGGCAGUACACCUCCAUAUUUGUGGAUAACGCAGCAGGCGCCUCCAUCACAGUACAAAACGGUUCCGAUUUUAUGGGCAUGCUGCUCGGUGUAUAGUCUUACAACAGGAACCGGGCGUCAUCCAAGCCAUCCACUGCUGCCAUUUUCGUCUUGUGUGUGUUUUUUUUUUUUUUUUUUUUGCAAUGGACUGCUUAUGAGCACCAUCACACAGUACCAAACCACAGGGGAGGUUUGAAGGAAGGAAGUGAGGCUGACAUGGACUUGACUGCUUGUCAGAUGGUGAAAGGACAGUGUAAAGAAGUCAAGGACUGAGUUUGUUUUUCACAGUGCACUGCUGCCACUUCCCUGAGGAACUUGGGAUGCCUGUUGCUUCACCAAUAAAAUAACCAGAAAAUUAAAGCAGUGAGUAUGUUAACUGUUACAGUUUAUGGUUUUUUUUCUAUUCUUUCGUGGCUGUUGAAGACCUUUACAGAAAACCAAAUAUCAAUGUUUUUAAUGUUCUCUGGAUAGAUGUUGAAGAGCUAGGGAACACGAGAAAGUACUAUUUGUAGUAUUUGUGUUUUUAAUGUAUACUGAAAUGUUUUUUUGUCUACAUGAUCUAUUAUGUACACAAACUAUAGUUAUUUUUUAUCAUGGAUUAAAUCUCACAUUUAUAUUUGUUAUAUGGUACAUAGACUGAGUACACUGGACAAUGGAAACAUGCUCAAUAGACAGAAUACGGCCUCACAAGAUCUUGUCCCACAUAUGUAAUAACUUGUUUUGUAACUGCAUUUUAAGCCACGUAGCAGCGUGGCAAUGUUGGUCGUUCGUUCCACCAUUUUGGUUCAGUCCAAAAUAUCUCCACAACUAUUUGAUGGAUUGCCAUGACAUUUUGCACAUACAUUUAUGGUCCCAAGAGAAUAAAUCCUACUGGCUACGGUG